CAGACUAAUCAUCAUGAAACACCCUCUUCACCCAGCACUCCUCAAAAGCAAUUCUAACCAUCAAAACCCUCCAACCCUUAAAUUUACCAUUCUUAACACAACUCAUUUCUCACACAAAAACCCAUCUACACCAAAACCAUGAAACACCCUUCUCUCCUUCUCUUCCUCACAACCUGUACUUUCAUCUUUUUCAGAAUAUCCUUAGUUUUCUCGGUCACCACAGGUCUACCUCUCCAACUCAUAGCCCUACUCUCACUAAAAUCCUCCCUCAAAGACCCUCUAAACACCUUCCAUGACUGGGAUCCCACACCCACCUUCUCAAAACCUGGGUUUCUACCCAUUUGGUGCUCAUGGUCCGGCAUCAAAUGUGACCGGAAAACUUCCCAAAUCACAUCGUUGGAUCUUUCGAAAAGGAACAUUUCCGGCACCAUUCCGGCGGUUAUCCGGUACUUGUCACACCUACACCAUUUGAACUUGAGUGAAAAUGCAUUCGAUGGUCCUCUACAACCAGUAAUUUUUGAAUUUCCAUACCUUAGAACACUUGACAUCAACCAUAACUCCUUCAUUUCCACAUUCUCACCUGGUAUAUCGAAGAUCAAAUAUCUCACUUACCUGAAUGCUUAUAGCAACAGCUUCACAGGUCCAUUGCCAGUAGAGAUCAGUCACCUCCGAUUCCUCGAGUACCUCAACCUUGGUGGAAGCUACUUUGAUGGUUCUAUUCCGGCAAGUUAUGGCAGUUUUCCCAAGCUGAGGUUUUUGAACCUCGCCGGAAAUCUACUUUCCGGUCCAAUUCCAGCAGAGUUGGGUUUCUUGACAAAGCUCGAACGUCUAGAAAUCGGGUACAAUGAGUAUACUGGUGGGCUUCCAACCCAAUUUGCGACUUUGUCAAAUUUACAGUAUCUUGACAUCUCAACGGCCAAUCUCUCCGGUGAUCUUCCAGCCGAGCUUGGUAACUUGACAAACCUCGAGAUAUUGUUCCUCUUCAAGAACCACUUUUCAGGUUCUAUACCGGUGAGUUUAGGCCAAUUGUCAGCUUUAAAAUUUCUGGAUUUAUCGGAUAAUCAACUAUCAGGUACGAUUCCAAGUGAAAUUUCAGAUUUGAAAGAGCUAAAUUCUUUGUCAUUGAUGAACAACGAGUUAACCGGUGAAAUUCCAGAAGGUAUUGAUGAGUUUCCAAAUCUUGAAGUUCUCUACCUAUGGAACAACUCCCUCACCGGAGUUUUGCCGCAAAAGUUAGGUUCAAAUGCAAAGUUACAGAUGCUUGAUGUGUCAUCGAACUCGCUAUCUGGUCCAAUACCACCGAAUCUUUGCCUUGGAAACAAGCUAAUUAAACUCAUCGUCUUCUCUAACAACUUUGUUGGUGAGCUUCCUUCAUCACUUGCGAAUUGCACAACAUUAUUUAGGUUCCGAAUACAAGACAACAAACUCAAUGGCUCAGUACCAAAUGGUUUUGGCCUUUUGCCGAAUCUAACGUUCAUGGAUAUGAGCAAGAAUAACUUCACCGGCUCAAUUCCGAAAGAUUUUGGCAAUGCGGCCAGGCUAGAGUACUUGAACAUGUCGGCAAACUCAUUCAACACCGAAUUGCCGGAAAAUAUAUGGAGCGCGCCGAGAUUACAGAUUUUUUCUGCAAGUUCCUCUAAUCUCGUCGGAAAAAUACCUGACUUCAUCGGAUGUCACAGCUUGUACAAACUUGAACUGGAAGGGAACAAUUUAACCGGUAGCAUUCCGUGGGAUAUCGGUCAUUGUGAGAAGCUCAUAAGCUUGAAUUUACGCCAUAAUUCGCUUACCGGUAUUAUUCCAUGGGAGAUUUCAACUCUUCCUUCGAUCACCGACCUUGAUUUAGCUCAUAAUUUUCUCACCGGCACAAUUCCUUCGAAUUUCGGUAAUUGCAGAACACUGGAAAGCUUAAAUGUAUCGUAUAAUCAGCUCACAGGACCUGUGCCAUCAUCAGGUUCAGUAUUCUCAAAUCUCCAUCCAUCGUCGUUUAUCGGAAAUGAAGGUCUUUGCGGUGGAAUUCUCCCAAAAAAAUGCCGGACCGAUGGACUUGCAGCCGGCGCAGUGGAGGUCCGACAGCAGCCGAAGAAGACCGCCGGAGCAAUUGUCUGGAUCAUGGCAGCCGCAUUUGGCAUCGGACUAUUUAUCCUCAUUGCCGGCAGCCGCUGCUUCCACGCGACAUAUAGCCGUGGAUUUUCCGGUGACCGUGAAAUCGGGCCGUGGAAAUUAACCGCUUUUCAACGGUUGAGUUUCACGGCGGAGGAUGUGCUAGAGUGUGUCACGAUGACAGAUAAGAUCAUAGGAAUGGGGUCCACUGGUACAGUAUACAAGGCGGAAAUGCCAGGUGGCGAGUUCAUAGCGGUGAAAAAGCUAUGGGGAAAGCACAAAGAGACGAUCCGACGGAGGAGAGGAGUGCUAGCCGAGGUUGAGGUGUUGGGUAACGUGAGGCACAGGAACAUAGUGAGACUGUUAGGGUGUUGCAGCAACAGCGAGUGCACCAUGCUGCUCUACGAGUACAUGCCCAAUGGGAGUCUUGAUGAUUUGUUGCAUGGGAAGAACAAGGGUGAGGAUUUGGUAGCGGAUUGGGUCACCCGGUACACGAUAGCACUAGGCGUGGCUCAGGGGAUUUGCUAUCUUCACCACGACUGUGAUCCUGUUAUCGUGCACCGCGAUCUGAAGCCCAGUAAUAUAUUAUUGGACGGUGAGAUGGAGGCAAGAGUGGCUGAUUUUGGGGUGGCCAAGUUGAUCCUGAGUGACGAGUCCAUGUCAGUGAUCGCGGGGUCCUACGGCUACAUUGCGCCAGAAUAUGCUUACACACUACAAGUUGAUGAGAAGAGCGACAUAUACAGUUAUGGAGUAGUGUUAAUGGAGGUUUUGAGUGGAAAAAAAUCGGUGGAUGCAGAAUUUGGCGAGGGCAAUAGCAUAGUGGAUUGGGUGCGAUCUAAAAUCAAGAUGAAAGGUGGCAUAAAUGAUAUACUCGAUAAAAACGCAGGUGCAUCUUGUGCAUCGGUGAGGGAGGAAAUGAUGUUGCUGUUAAGGGUUGCAUUGCUCUGCACGAGUCGGAAUCCAGCUGAUCGUCCUUCCAUGAGGGACGUUGUCUCAAUGUUGCAAGAGGCGAAGCCAAAGAGAAAAUUGCCCGGAAGUGAUGGAGGUGGUACCGGAGACAAUGCAAUUGUUGGUGAUGUUGUUGAUGCUUGUCAUAUGGCACAAAAGGCAACAGUGGAAUGUUAAUAUGAUUGGCUUGGGGUUUUCUUUUAUUUUCUUUAAAUUUGUGGGGUUGGUAUAGGAUUAAGUGAUUUUUUUUCUUUCUCUAUUGUCACUAAUGAAAAUUUAUGAGUGUUAUUCCACUUACUAAUUACUAUGUUGUUUACCUUGGCUUUGUGUUUGUGCUAUAUUCUCGCUUUACAAAUCUCAUAAG